AUGGAGGACUUCCACUACCAGCCAGAAAACUUUGAAGGAUCAGCAAAGAGAGCACACGGGAUCAUCAGGGCUACGGCAGGACACACACACAUGGAGGAGCUUGUGGACCGAGGUCUGGGGAUGGAGGAGACGGGCCAUGGCCUGCAGAGGAGGCUGUCUCUGAAGGAAAGCUACCACAGUGACUCACUGCUGGCACCCACCACUGACCUCAUGACAGAUGACCGCAGCUCAGCAGCCAGUGGUCUGGACGUGGCUGACCGGGUGACCUAUCUGGAGCAGAGAAUGCAAAUGCAGGAAGAUGAAAUCCAGCUGCUGAAAAUGGCUCUGGCUGAUGUUCUCAAGAGGCUCAACAUCUCUGAGAAGCACCAGGCAGCUGCAGCUGGCAGGAGAGCACCAGACGCUAAAGUCAGGCCAGCGUCUCUGGCUCUGCCCUCCAGACACCCCAUGGUCACCUCCAGCACUGCCUCCCUGAAGAAGAGCUCCACACUGCCCUCCAGCUCCACAGCCAGGAACUACAGCCCAACACCACCCCGCAGUGUUGUGAAGAGCCCGGCAGGUAAUGUAAAGGACAGUCCACGUAAGACUGCGAGAUUACAACCCACCUCUGCAGCUGCAGCCUGUAAGAAACUUCAGGAAGGCAAGUCCAAGGAGGCUGCAGUAAGUGUAGGGACACGACAUGUGACACGGUGCAAAGUAACUAUGCAGAUCUAUCUGAGCCCCCACACAAGAAAGAUUGGGUCUUCUGAGAAUACCAAAUCCACAGCGGUCGUGCCCUCCAGCAGCAGGCCAGUUGCCACACUUAGCAACCCUCAGGCAAAGGGGGGCAGCAAGUCAGAGACAAGGAAAACAACCCCAUCAUUCACCUUAAACCUGCAGAAAGCUGCGACCAGCCAGAAUUCACUGCAGGACACAUCCAGCUACAAGAGCCCUGUCAAAUCGCCCAGCCAGUACUUUCAAAUUUGUUACUAA